GCGAAACCAAAACGGUCCAAACCGUUGGCGGACAAAAUGAGGAGGAAUCUCCUGGGCCGGCAGUUUGGCUCCGCCCGCCCAUUGUAAGCCGAACUGGCCGUCGUUCUAUGCACAUGGAGGAGGAGUCCAAGACACUUACGCUUCAGUUGCUCGACGAUCACCAGUAAUAUGGAUCGACCACAAGGCAGAGACAGCAGCGGGGAUAUGCUUCUACAGAAUUAUAGGUUUGGGAAAACUCUUGGGCAUGGUUCAUUUGGCAGAGUGAAAGUUGCAGAGCAUCUAUUGACUGGGAGCAAAGUUGCUAUUAAAAUCCUUAACCGUCGAAGAAUGAAGAGUCGUAACAAGAGUAGUGAGGAGGAAAAAGUGAGAAGAGAAACUAAAAUAUGUCGGUUAUUUGUACAUCCACAUAUUAUACGACUGUAUGAAGUGAUAGAGACCCAGGCAGAAAUUUAUGUGGUUAUGGAGUAUGUAAAGUCUGGAGAGCUAUUUGACUACAUUGUAGAGAAGGGUAAAUUACAGGAGGAUGAAGCUAGAAAAUUUUUUCAACAGAUCAUUUCUGGGGUGGAAUACUGCCAUAGAAACAUGGUAGUUCAUAGAGAUCUCAAGCCUGAGAACCUGCUUGUAGAUGCCAGAGGCAAUGUGAAGAUAGCUGAUUUUGGCUUGAGCAAUGUUAUGCGGGAUGGCCAUUUUCUGAAGACAAGCUGUGGAAGCCCUAAUUAUGCUGCUCCAGAGGUUGUUUCAGGAAAUCUAUAUGCUGGACCUGAGGUAGAUGUUUGGAGUUGUGGUGUUAUCUUGUAUGCUCUUCUUUGCGGCACCCUUCCUUUUGAUGAUGAAAAUAUUCCCAACCUCUUCAAGAAAAUAAGGAGUGGGAUUUACACUCUUCCUAGUCAUUUAUCACUAGGAGCAAGGGAUAUAAUUCCAAGGAUGCUUGUGGUUGACCCUAUGAAGCGAAUAACCAUUCCGCAAAUCCGACAGCAUUUUUGGUUUAAAACUGGUCUUCCUUGCUACUUAGCUGUUCAGCCACCAGACCCAGUGCUUGUUAUCAAAAGGAUUGACGAGGAUGUUAUUCAAGAAGUGGUUAGAAUGGGAUUUGAGAAGCAACAUGUAGUUGAAUGUCUUCGAAACAGAAUACAAAAUGAUGCAACUGUUGCAUAUUACUUGCUAUCUGACAACCAGUCCCCUGUUCCCAGUGGCUAUCUAGGAGAUCAAUUUCAGGAGCCUAUUGAGUAUGGUCCUGUUGGCAUGCACCCGAAUGGUACCUUAAAUGUUCCAGAUGGGCACCAAUUUCCUCAAGAUUUGAGGCCCCAGUUGAUGAGUGAGACAAAAUGGGUUAUUGGGCUGCAGUCUGCGGCACAUCCACGGGAGAUAAUGACACAGAUUCUCUUGGCUCUGCAAAAACUGAAUGUGCGUUGGAAAACAAUUGGCCCCUAUAACAUGAAGUGUCUAUGGUAUCAUGGUUCUCAUAAUCCCAAAGGGAUGAGUAGCAGUCAUGGACAGGAUAAUCAUUGUGUCAACAAUGAAUCUCUCACCAUUUGUAAUGAUUAUAAUGCUCAAAGCAUGGUGAAAUUUGAAAUACAGCUAUACAAGACUGAAGCAGAUAAGUAUCUGCUUGAUCUGCAGAGAAUACAGGGCCCAGCGUUCUUCUUCCUGGAUCUGUGUGCUCAUUUCCUCAUGCAGCUUGGGGUUCUUAACUGAAGGCCUUGGCAUAACGGACCGGAACUUUGUUGUUUGUUUAUAAGUAUCUUUUUUGCAGAGUUUUGACCGUCCCCUUUGCCCUUGUAGUAGUUCGAAUAAUGACCAAGUUAACUUGCUCUUAUUACUUGAGCAUUAUUACAGGUUGAUGUUUGAGUUGUAGAGCUAGUGCCCAAGCGGCAGGUCUCUGUUGUUUGAAAUAGAUCCUGUGUAAUUGUUGGAAUCAUCCAAAUUAGCCAAUGUUUAUAGUUAACUAUUUAAUUCUAUAAGUUUAUAGUUAAGUAGCU